AGAACCGAUGAAACCAAUGAAUACAUAUUCUUGGAGUACGCGUCCGGUGGAGAGCUCUUCGACAGAAUUGAACCGGACGUAGGAAUGGACACGAGUUCUGCCCAUCGGUUCUUUGUUCAACUGAUCUCUGGUGUCGAGUACUUGCACUCAAAGGGUAUAGUUCAUAGAGAUCUUAAGCCCGAAAACAUAUUACUCGAUGACAACGAUAUUAUAAAGAUCUCUGACUUCGGAAUGUCUACACUAUUCAGACAUUCGGGAAAAGAGCGUCUUCUUAACCAGAAGUGCGGAACCGUUCCAUAUAUGGCGCCCGAGAUAUUCAUCCACAAGGAGUACAGAGCAGAGCCCGCAGACAUAUGGAGUUGUGGUGUAAUUCUGGUCACUUUAUUAACGGGUGAACUGCCGUGGGAUAGACCGACACCCGAAUGCAAGUCUUAUAAGGCCUGGAGGGAUGAGUCUCUCCUUAAAACGUACGCCUGGAAUAAAGUCGAUACUCUAGUUCUU